GGGGUUGGUCAGGUCAAAAGUAUCUGGGGUGUUCAAAUCUUCGUUUCCGUCUAUUACCGAGUAUGGCAGACUUUGACAUGGUGCUGAAGUGCUGGGGCCCGGUCGAGGCCGACUACAACACCCAUGGAGGUCUGGUUCUGACCCGUUUGUUCAAUGAAAAUCCAGACACCCAGAACCUGUUCCCUAAGUUUGCUGGCAUCGCCAAGAGCGACCUCGCGGGCAACACAGCCGUAUCAGCGCACGGCGCCACCGUGCUGAAGAAGCUGGGUGAUCUGCUGAAGGCUAAGGGUGACCAUGCUGCACUCCUGAAGCCCCUGGCCACCACCCAUGCCAAAACGCACAAGAUUGCCCUCAACAACUUCAAGCUUAUCACUGAGGUCAUCGCCAAGGUCAUGGGGGAAAAGGCCGGGCUGGAUGCGGCUGGGCAGGACGCCUUGAGGAGGGUGAUGGCCGUGGUCAUCGCUGACAUCGACGUCACUUACAAAGAGCUGGGCUUCACUGGCUAAACCUUAGACUCACGCCACAUACGUAACAUGAACAUCAACAUGAUUUAUUGUUGGGAGGUCUGAAUGGAUUUGAAAAAACUUUGUUAAACUUUAACUUCGUUAAAAUGAACAUAAGGAAAUCUGAUGUUAGAAUUGCAAGGGCAAAGCUGUUCUAUAAAUUUGAAUCGAAGCACUGCUUUGCCGAUAGACAGAUAGUCUCACCUUAGUGAGUUUGAUUCACACGAUGUAACUGUUGGAGUCAACAUGACCUCAUCCUGUUCUCUCUGUUCAUCAUUACUGUCAUUGUCAAAAAAAUAGCAUCAUUUUGUGCUUUUUGAAUGUCAAAUGACACACAUGGCACUCUUACUCAUGUUAAGACUUGCAAAUAAACCAA